AUGUUGAACCACGAGCAACAACGCGACGGAGACACGGUCGCUCUGAACGAAUUUGAAGAUGCCGAACAACGUUUUCAUUAUUCAGAAUCACCUCCAUCAUCCACUUCAUCGAACAACAAAAUGCAACAACAACGAAAAGGCUUUGAUUCUCAUCUCGGACGAAGAAAGAGACAUCAAGCACAAACUCUGCUGGAAGCCUUUCUUUCCUACUUUUGUUGCGCUUCUCACUUCUCCCGAGUACAAAAAGUCAUUCCAGCAUCAUCAUCAUUAUCAUCAACACAACAACAACAAGCUCGUGUAACAACUAAUACUCCAGAAAAUUUAAAUUCGCAACAACAACAGAAAUCCAGUACGCCCUUCAUUGUACCAUCAACUAAUACAACAAGAAUUACCAGUGAACAACCACACCUGACACUUCCAACCAAUACUCCCAUCACGAGUAGCGCAGCAAACAUGAUCGAUUUCAAUAGUUCGGAACAAUUAUUAGAACAAGGUUCUUCUUCUCAACAUCCACAACAUGUUUUAUCACAACCAUCAACAAGUUCAUCCUUUCUGUCUUCUCUUCUUCCUUUCUCGCUCACAGUGCUAGAAAAGAAUGAUACGAUUCGAGUGAUACAAAACGCUGCUGAAUCAUCAUCGGCCAACUCCAAACGAAAAAGUUCGAAAAAUAAUGUUCGAUUAAUGACAGAUGCCAUCAUUCAUGAAGAUGAUGGAGAUUACAAUGAUACAGAUGAUGAAGAUGAUAGUAAUUAUUAUAAUCAUAGUCACAAUCACUUUAUGAAGAAUACAUCCUUGUCACAUGAUGAAAAAGAAUCGGAAAUUCUUCAUAGUGAAUAUUCCAUAUGGUUAUUAUUCAAAUGUAUGUGCUGUGCGUCAAGACCAGUGACCUUUCUUUGUCAUCCUCCUCGGUGUAUCACUAUCAUGAACACUCUUUUGUUUCUUUUUAUUUUGCAAGGAAUAUUUGGAAUUUCUGCUGCAUUUAUUUUAUUGUAUAGUAGUGGUCAAAAAGUUGUGCAAGAUACGCUCAACUCACAACAAUUACAAAUUCGAACAUUCAGUGGACAAGAAAUUUUAAAUUUAGUGGAUUAUACUUCGCUAGCGAUUGACACGAUGCGAUGGCAAAUGAGUGAUUCACAUUUUGAUGUUAAAAAUACGACACAUUGGCUCACACUCUUUCACUACAUUGUUGACCUCUAUGGAACUAGUAUGCCUAUUGAUGCUGUUAAUUUUGCACGAUAUGACAAUGUCUAUAUUGGGUACAGUAGAAAUACUCCAGGCUAUUUCACACUUAUGAAUGGAUCUAUUGAAUUACAAACUCAAUGCCAGUACUAUUGGAGAUAUAUGCCCAAUCAGAGAAUUUCAGAUAUGUAUUUGAGACAAUAUUUUUAUCGGGUGGCAUGUAAUCCAAAUUCCACAACACGAGUUCAAACACGGCCAUGGUAUCAGACCUAUGCAAGAAGUGAAGAUUAUUGGACUGAAUUUCGGUGGGCACCCGUCUUCAAAACUGUUUCAGGAGAUCAAACCAUUGCAGUUACCAUUCCAGUUUAUACGAUCAAUAAUUUAACCCAAUUACCACAAAGUGAAGUACAAGGAGAUACUUCCUAUGCAUUUUUACCAGAAAAUUCCACCAAUGCCAUUCGUUUUAUAUCUCCCGAGAAUUUGAAUAGUUCUCAAAAAAAUCCUCUCCAUUUGUAUGGAGUUGUUGGAUUUCAAUUACAAUCACAAACAUUGAGUCGUCUCUUGAAAAAUUCAAGUAAUUUAUUUGGAGAUUUAGACUUGGCUUUUAUUACAAAUUCUGACGGAGAUUUAAUUGCUCUCAAUGCCAAUACCAAUGAUGCAAAAUACAACACAGCACAAGCAAUCAUUAAUUCCUAUCGAUCGAGGAAUAUUUUGAAAUUACUCAAUUCUACAAGUUGUGAUCUAUCUAUGGAUCGAAUUUGUUCCAAAUUUAUUGAAAGAUCAACAUUUAUUGAUAAGGAUACUGUACUCGACGUUGAAUUAACUGUUGUGAAUGAUUUAUAUCAAUUGUCAUGGGGUGUAGCUGUUGCAACAAAGACUGCCACUUUUGCUGAUGAAAUUAUUACAGGAGGAAUUACCUCAGUAGUCGUUUUUUUAAUUGUAUUUAUAUUUGGAAUGAUUUGUUUAUUCUUUUGUGUGAGAGGAAUCAGCACUCCAUUGUAUCAAAUUUCAAUGGAAAUGUUGAAAUUGAGCACUCUAACAGAUUUGAAUAUUAACGCUCUCAAAGAUGGUCAUUCAAAGAGUUUAUUUAGUGACAUUAAGGAAAUGCAAGAAUACAUGUCGAGUAUGAAGAAGGGUAUGAAUACUAUUACCAAAUAUGUACCCGAAAUUGUGAUUAAGAAAUUCAUGAUGCGACAACAAGAAGCUCUGCUUCAAGAUCUCUCUGGUUUCAUUGUACCUAAUUGUGCCACAUCUCCGUAUGGUUAUGGUGGCACCGCUCUACCCGUCAUGACUAUUCUCUGUUGCGAAAUGGAGGGUUUUCGUACACUUUCAGAGACUUUAAAACCUCAUCAGUUACUCAACUUGUUAAACAAUUAUUUCACAUUUGUGAGUGAUAUUAUUCAUAAUCAUCAAGGAGUGAUUGAUACUUUUAAUAAUGUUGAUGGAACUUUGAUGUGCUAUUUUAAUGAACCGACGACCAUGCCAUUGCACGAUCAUGAGUUGAAGGCAUGUGCAACUGCAUUUGAAAUUUUGGAAGGAUGUAUGGAAAUGACUCAUUUCAACAAAGAAGCCGCCAAUGAUAAUGUGGACAUGACAGCGAAUGCUGAUCAACAUCUUUUGGAAGAAAAUGAGGAUGAUACGAGUGAGAAAGAAACAUCACUGCUUGAACAAAUUCGUGAAAAUGAACCUGAGUGCAACAUUCCUAUUCGUGUAAAGAUUGGAAUUAACACUGGAAGUGUACUGUGUGGAAAUUUAGUUCAUACACCCAACAGAAUGAGCUAUACCGUAUUUGGAAAAAACGUUGAAAUUGCAUCCAAAUUAACCACUCUCAAUCAUUACUUCAACACAUCCAUUCUCAUUGGUCCACAAACCUAUGAAAAAGUGCAAGAAGCAUUCCUUUGUUAUUUUAUUGACAUUUUGCCACGUGAAAAGAUUUAUGAGUCCUAUUCUGAAGAUAUUCUAUUGAAUGAAGUGAUGCCCGAACAUGCCAAGAGCUCACUGACCAUGAUAGAAACGAUUCACAACCAUAAGAAUAUCAUUACUACUACGAACACUACUAGUUCUAGCACCACGAAUAGUACGACUGCAUCACCUCAAUUACCAUCCUCAUCCAGUGGUAGAGAUGUCAUGAAUGAAAACACAAAAACUCAUCCAUUAUACUCAUUGUCUUCACGAUUGUCUCAAAGAGGUAUGGUUGCCAAUCCUACACAAGGUCGUACUGGUGCUGGAACUGAACCACAACAGAAUUCUUCUCUACUUGCAAUUUAUGAACUCGUUUGCCACAAAAACAAAGCCAAUCAAUUACAACAGAGAAUUCAUUCGGAUUUGAAACAAGUCGAGUCCUUGUUGAAAUCCAUUGUCAUGAACAAACCAACAACCGUCGUGUGA